AUGGUUGUCUUACAUGCUAAACGAUCAAAAAGUGGUCUUAAAUGUCCAUUGAACCAUCGAGAUAUGGCUAUCGUUGGAGACUUUAGACCUGCCAUUAUUGGUCGUGAUGGUGUUUUAGGUUUAUGUGCUUUCGGUAAGAAAUAAAGAUGAGCUAAUUCGACUUCAUCUUCAUUCUGUUAGCGUCAUCAGUUGUUAUUUUAUGACACUAACUUGUAUACAGUGUAUACAAGUGGAUGUCUUUUCUGUUCUGUCAUAUAUGUACGUACGCAUACAUACAUGUAUCUUUUCUUUCCUUUCUGCUGAAGAUGUAUUGAUAUGUUUAGAUACAUAUCUUCUCUUUCGUUCCUGUUGAUUAUGUAUUGGAUAUUGAUCAUCAUGAGACCUUGAUGGCCUUUAGUCGCGUCAUUUCAUUUUUUCUAUGAUUGCGUCAUCUCUUUUCUUCUAUUGUGUCUGGGAUUUUUCCUUGUCUCGUGAUAUAUAUAUAUAUAUGUCGGAGGACAGAAUAGAAUUCAGUUCAGUUUU